CCAAUACACGGUGUUGCCUCCGCCUCCCGGCGAAGCUAGCGAUAGGCGGGGGCGACACAGGUAGAUGUAUCUUUCGCCCCCGCCUUUUGGGUACGGUUUUCUCCGGUACACAGGAUGCGGGAGGCAACAAGGUGUGCUGACUUGACACCGAGUAUUAGCUAGCACAAGCCACGGCGUGGCUCGCGCCUGCAGUGCUAGCGGGUGGCAGGGGCGACCGGUAGACAGUAUCCCGCCUGUCAGCCAUGGUUUUCUUGGGUACGCAGCUGGCGGGAGGAGGGUACGAAACCGUGUGUUAGCUAGACCACCGUGUCGCUCCCGCCUGCUGCACGGCUUCCUGCAGUUCUAUUCACGACGAGAAGAGAAGGACAAUGUCCAGUUAGCAAAGAGGACUCCGGUAACCAGGAGGCGUGGUCGAAAAAAACAUAUUUCCAUUUUGACCCACAUUCGAAAGCGCCACACGACAUACCCAAGCAUGAAGAUGUCCUGCUUGGAGGGGGGCCUUCAUACAGAAACCAAUGGGUAUUACAAGGGGGAUGGGGAGGGCAGUCAUGCAGAAACCAAUGGGAUAAUCGAGGGGGGUCGUGAAGGCACCAAUGGGAUGCUCGAGAGGUAUGUUCCUGCAGAUGCAGAAAUGCCCACAUGCAGGAACACCCCUAUUUGCGUGCUGCAGUUGCACACCAGUACACUGGGUUGGAGAGGUGCUUGCUCACUCCCAGGAUAGCGCUGUUGAUUAGUCGAGCCUAAUUCUGGGCUGGACAGGAAACAGGAGACGCUUGGCGUGCCUCGCGCAACAAUCCUGGGAAAGAGAAUGAGGAUGGGAAUAUGUAUGUAUUUGCACGACGAGCGGUUAGUUAAAAAAAGAUGAGGACAACGGGCACUACAAUUAUUUCAACUGUUUCACAGAAGCGUGUUAUUUGGACCAUUAAGUUUUUGGAACAAAUACCGUGAUUACUGCGUUUGGUUUUCAUCAACCAUUGGUGGGAAUACAGAAGAGGAGCCGCUGUUAAAUCCCAGUUUGACUGACAUAAAAGCUUGGUCCUGACUGUUGCGUUGGCUUCAUUUGACCUGAGCGGGACAAAGGGAGAGAGACACCAGAGAUGGCGGAUAUGUCUGACGAUGAGCUGGACCACGGGGCAGAGGAGGAGGACAGUGAUAAGGAAGACCAGGACCUGGACAAAAUGUUUGGAGCCUGGUUGGGAGAACUGGACAAACUCACACAGAGUCUGGAUGACGGGAAGCCACAGAAGUCGGUCCAGAAGGCCCCUCUCAGACAGGAAACCAACAUGGCUAACUUUUCGUACCGCUUCUCCAUGUACAACAUCAACGAGGCUUUGAACCAGACGACAGAGACCGUAGACCUGGAUGCCCUGAUGGCUGACUUGUGUUCCAUAGAACAGGAGCUCAGCACCAUAGGCAAGCCCAACACCGGCACCGCCCGCCAGGCUAAAUGUCAACAGCGAUGCCCGGGGGGUCGCAGCGCCAGUGUCAAGCAAACUGGCAGUGGUGGGGGGAGUAGCAGCGGGGGCAGCACCAGCAGUAGUACCCGGGCCUCACCGGCCUCCACCGUCCGAGGGGGCAGCUCCAACUCCCACGGGCGCCCGUCGGCAUCGAACCUCUCGCUGGACGACAUCACGGCCCAGUUGGAGCAGGCGUCACUCAGCAUGGACGAGGCGGCGCACCAGACUUCUUCCUCUUACUCCUCGACCACCCUCCGGCGCCCCUCGGCAGGUUCCUCGUCCUCGCAGCACCGGAGGACGGGCUCGGUGGGCACCGUUAGUGAACACGAGGCAGGGGGCCACUCCUCGAGGUCCAGCGUUAAUUCUGCAUCCGCGUCCAGCAUGGACUCUCUGGAUAUCGACAAGGUGCUGUCUAGGACAGUAGGAGGGUCCGAGCAGGACGGGGGUUCACAAGGCCCCCAGCCGCCACAGGGCCCGGCCAGUACUGAGCACUCUUAUCUGGACAGAGAAACGUCCCUCAUUCUGAAAAGCAUUGCAGGAAAGCCUUCUCACCUGCUGACCAAGGAGGAGCAGGGGGCCAAAGUGAAGGCCGAGAAGAUCCGAGUGGCCCUGGAGAAAAUCAAGGAGGCGCAAGUCAAAAAGCUGGUGAUCCGGGUGCACAUGUCGGACGAGAGCUCCAAGACCGUGAUGGUGGAUGAGAGACAGACUGUCAGACAGGUGCUGGACAGCCUGCUGGACAAGUCCCACUGUGGCUACAGCCCCGACUGGGCACUGGUGGAGACCAUCAACGAGCUGCAAAUGGAGCGGAUCUUUGAGGACCAUGAGAACUUGGUGGAGAACCUACUGAAUUGGACCAGAGACAGCCAUAACAAACUGAUGUUCAUCGAGCGCAUCGAGAAAUAUGCCCUCUUCAAGAACCCCCAGAACUACUUGUUGGGGAGGAAGGAGACCUCUGAAAUGGCCGAUAGGAAUAAAGAGGCCCUACUGGAGGAGUGUUUCUGUGGCAGCUCGGUUUCAGUACCAGAAAUAGAGGGAAUCCUAUGGCUGAAGGAUGACGGGAAGAAGUCGUGGAAGAAACGAUACUUCCUGCUGCGCGCAUCAGGGAUCUACUACGUGCCCAAAGGCAAAGCUAAGGCCUCCAGGGACCUGGUAUGCUUUCUACAGCUGGACCACGUUAAUGUGUACUACGGCCAGGACUACCGCAGCAAGUACAAGGCCCCCACAGACUACUGCCUGGCCCUUAAGCACCCCCAGAUCCAGAAGAAGUCCCAGUACAUCAAGUAUCUGUGCUGUGAUGAUGUCAGGACCCUCCACCAAUGGUUCAACGGCAUUCGCAUUGCCAAGUACGGGAAACAGCUGUAUGUGAACUACCAGGAGGCCAUGAAACGCACGGAGGCGGCCUACGACUGGUCCUCCCUCUCCACCUCCAGCAUCCGCUCUGGCUCCAGCUCCGGGUCAGCCGGUCUGCCUGAGUCCCAGUCGAACCACUCGGGCCAGUCAGACAGUGGAGUGGACACGGCCUCCAGCCACGGGCGCUCCCAGAGCGUGGUCAGCUCCAUCUUCUCUGAGGCCUGGAAGAGAGGAACGCAGAUGGAGGAGAACACCAGGAUGAGGGAGUCCACCAGAGGUGCCACCCUCCCCCACCCUGUCCAUGCGCACCGCCAGACCCCACAACUGGAGCCCCCUGCGUCGGGUACGCCGCCACAACAGCAGCCGCCUCCCCAGUCUCGCAGCAGCUACACCCAUGCUGCACCCCCAGCCACAGGAGGGCACCUCCCCCUGCUUCAACAGCAACUGCCCCCAGAUCCGCAGCGGUUACACCCAGUCCAUGUCCCCUCAGCCCUCCCCUCCGCCACCCCAACAGCUGCCCCCCAACAGCUGCCCCCAGAUACGCAGCAGUUACGCCCAGGUCCUGCCUUCCCUGCCCCGCCAGCCCUCCCCUCCACCACCCCAACAGCUUCCCCCAUAUCCACAGCAGUUAUACCCAUGUCCUGCCUCCCCAGCCCUUCCCUUCACCACCCCAACAGCCUACUCCUACACCACCCUCCCUGCCCCCAACUUUCUCCACCAGCUCAACAGCUGCCCCCCACAUCCGUAGUAGUUACACCCAGGUCUUGCCCUACCUGCCGCCACAGCCCUCUCCUCCACCACCCCAACAGCUGUCCCCACAGCCCUGCAGCAGCUACAACCAAGCUGUACCCCCACCCCCCUCCCCCGCCGCCUCCUCCCCCACCGCCCCUGCCUGCCAGCAGCACCCACCACUCGGGCCCCACCGUGUUCGCCAAGUACAGCACCAUCACCCGGCUGCAGAACCAGAACGCCGCCCACCAGGCCGCCAAUCUCCAUAGGGCGCAAAACAACCACCAGAGCCCACCAAGGGUGCUAGCUCAAGCCCCGCCUCCUCCCCAUCAGACGGCUGUCAAACCACUGGUCAACAACAUCAAUGUCCCGCCUCCCCCGCCUCCCCCUCCCCCACCAUCCAUGCCUGCCCUGGGGUCGGCCAUGGCCGCACUCCGGCUCGGGCCCCCCACCCCGGCUGUCGUGCCCCAGUUCAUCCCACCGCCACCGCAGAGCAACGACAUCCCCCUCUUCACCCAGACACCAUGCCAGUUCUGUGCACAUCGCGCUACGGCGCCAAUGCCCAGGCACUGGCCCAGAAGUUCCCCAGUGGUCCCCCCAGGGCCCCUCUCCCCCACUGCCAGACUGGUCGAGUCACCCCGGCAACGCCUCCGCCACCUCCCCCACCACCUCCCCCUCCUACCCUACCGCCUCCCCAGCAGCUCUCGGUGCCGACACCCCCUCCUCCUCCUCCUCCUCCCCCACCACCUCCCCCUCCUACCCCACCGCCUCCCCAGCAGGUCUCGGUGCCAACACCCCCUCCUCCCCCUCCUACCCCACUGCCUCCCCAGCAGGUCUCGGUGCCGACACCCCCUCCCUCCUCCCCCACCACCUCCCCUCCUACCCCACCGCUUCCCCAGCAGGUCUCGGUGCCGACACCCCUUUUCCUCCCCCACCUCCUCAGCAGCAGUACUCGCCCGCAGCUGCCCCCCUGCCCUACCCAAAACCUUCUCCCCAGGCUUUCUGCUCCACCAUGGUGCCCGGAAGCCUCCCUACCCAGUUUCCCCUCUCCCUCCCAUCCCACCUGCUGCCCCAACUCCUCCCCCACCACCGCCUCCGCCGGUGUCAAUGAAGAAGCAGCACAGCCUACAGAUAGGCCACACCCCCAACCAGCCCCCUCCCACAUUUCCCAAGCAGCACAGCCUCUCCAAGCCGCCACCCCUGUCCUUCACGGCUCCGCCCACCACCACCUCCCUGGUCAAACAGAUGGCAGGCCAGUUCCCAGGGUCCACACUGUCUACCAAUCACACUGAGAGCCCCAAAGCCCCCCUGUCUCCUCCUGCGGUGAAGGCCAAACCAAGAUGGCAGCCAGGUGGUGGACAGGCCCAGCAACAGGCCCCAGAGUUCCCUCCACCCCCUUCUGAGAGCAGCCUGCCUUUCUCCCCUCCUCCCCCGCCUCCACCUGCUCCGGUCACCGGCCCUGCCCCUCCUGCUCCCCCUCCCCUCCCAUCACUGGCCCCACCCCUCCGCCUCCCCCUCUCCCCCGGCAACCUAGGCUCGCCCCUGAAGAGAUCUCCAUUGGGCUCCUCCACCACCUCCUCGGGCUCCUCUGUCUGGGGGGGCAAGAAACCCCUGCCUGCCACCCCCCAGAAGGCCUCCAGCGUCAAGUCUAACUCCUCUGCUGAAUACCAGGAGUCCCGCAGGAACCUUCUCAGCAAGUUUGCCUCCCAGUCCUCUUCCCCCUCCACCUUCCCGUCCUCCCCUGCUGUACCCUUGGGUAGUUUUCCCUCUAAGGACCCCUCCCUGGCCGGCCCCACGGCGCCCCCAAAGCCAGGCAAGCUGAACCUGGCCAACCUGGCCCUGCAGGCCAAAGUGGGUCAGCAGCGCCAGUCCACCGCUGACUUCCCCCCUCCCCCACCGGCUUUUGAUCUCUUCCCCCCUCCUCCGCUGCCCAGUGACGGCCACGUCGGGGCACCUAAGGUGGCAGUGGUCAACCCCAGCCAAAAGUACCGCCCGCCCCCGGGUCCCCUCCCCCCCGCCACCAUCAACUCCUCCUGGGGAAAGGGCUCCCUGAAGAAGGCCCCUCCCCCACGCUGCAGCGGACCAGCCAUCUCCCCGGCCCUGUCCCCACCUCCCAAGCUGCCCACCUCGCCCCCCAAUGGGAACGGCAACAACGGCGUCCCCCAGCCGGGCAACUUCAUGGACGACCUGAACCGGACUCUGAAGCGCAAGUCGGUGAGCCGGCAGGGUUCGCUCUCCUCGUCCCGCCUCUCCGGUCCCAACCUGGAACCCGCUGCGGGCACCAUGGACGACAUGGAGUUGGCACUGCCCCCACCGCCACCCGAGUUGCUGUCGGGGGGGAACGUCUCAGGCUAUGCAACGCUACGGCGGGGGCCCCCUCCGGCCCCACCCAAGAGGGGGGGCAACACCAAACUGACACACUGACCAGGGGAGUGGUAGAAAAGGAGACUGUUGGAUGAUGCCUACAUUACCUCUCUUGGAGAGGAGCUUCUAUCUAUCACACAGGACCGUCAGUGGACAUUGACAAACUGAACUCCUCGUGUUCCAUGAUUAUGAUGGUGAAUACUUAACCAUGUAAACGCCCAAACCAUGUAUCCGCUUCUUCGCCAUAUGUUUGUGCCACGUAAUCAGAAAACCAUAAUAACGACGUUAGGAUUCAUUCUGCAUUGGUACUGCAUGGACAUGCUGUAAAACAUGAAUCUCUUUGGUGAGUGUGUGUGUACCUGUGUGUAUGUGGACCCGUGUGUGUGCGUACCCGUGUGUGUGUGCAUGCGCGUGUUCACAUGCAUCCGUGAGCGAGAGGUAGAAGGGGAAAUGGGUUGACAGCCCAUAACAGAAGGCCUCUGUAAUAGGGAUUGUUAUUUUGCCUCUGUUUUUAUAUGGAAUUAUUUAAUACAUGAAAGGAUUUUCUUUUUUUUUUUUGUUAAGUUUUUAAAAGCUAGUUGGAUAAAUCAAUUUGAUUGGAAAUCAUGAGAUCGAAAAACUUUAGAGUAUAGGCUGAGAGGUUAUUUUAAUCAAUGAGCUACGAAUUCCCAACAUUUCCUAAGUAUUCCCUGAAUGUUUUACAAGUGUCUCGCUCUUUGUGCUGUCAUUCGGUGACACGCGAAUCAGGACGCCUUUUUUUCACAGACGAUUGCCCUCUCAAAAGAAUCUCCAAAUAAAAAAAGGAAAUUCCCUCCUCCUAAAGGCACGAAGCCAUGACUGCGCAACUGGAAACAUUUGUGACUUGGAAUUAUUUUUUUCAUAAAUGUUUUAUUUAAUGCGUAACAAUUUUUUUGCUUAACUGAAGACUGAAAUGGCACGAGGCAUAUUGUGUGUAUGUCUUUGAGGGCCCUGUGAGUCUGUGGGGUGUGUGCUGUGUUUGUUUGACCUGACCUGCAUCUGGGUCGUGUUUAUUAGGCACCAAGCAGAAGAAAACGGAUUGUGAAACAGGGAGGAACUCACUGGAUUGUCCAAUAAACACACACUUUCGCUUUUCGUUGCUACAUGUUCUAAAACGUUUGGUGCCUAAUGAACAUCUGCUUCUGUUUCUGUACAGUAACAGCCCUUGCUUCCCUCCCAUUGCCCCCUGCUGCCUUUAAAUUGUCACAUGACAUGGCCUAAAAAUGAUAGAAAUAUAAUGUACAGAGUGGGGACUGCUGUGCUCCAGGUGCAGUUUACUAUAUACUCAGUUAUUCUCAACAUGGUGGCUAAAAUUGAAGCAACAUGUUGGUGCUUGAAGGUACUGAGCAUUGAAUUACGUUGUCAUUAGCAUUAGACUAGACCUGACUGGCAAAAUUAACCCACAAAUUCCCGUCUGGCUCGCAUUAAAAUUGAAUGUUGCUUUCUACUCUGUUGCUUUCUAUAUCCUGUUUUUAUGGCCUAAACAUUCCAGUGUAGUGCAACUUCCUGCUUCUCCUGCCAAAGUGCAGUGCAGAGAGAGGGGGCGGUGUUCUCGCAGCAAUGCCUUUAUUUCAAGGGUGCUAGUGCUAAUUAUCCUAAUAAGCCUGGAUAUCAAUGGGUAGACGUCUUAUGUUCAAUGUAGGGUUUGUCCCAAUUCUCCACUCUUCUCCCGAAUUGUGAACAUCCUGGAUUGGAUUGAUAUAAGCAUUAGCUACAGUUCCCACCAUUGUUAGCAAUAGGUACAGUAUAGCGACCAUUAACCACAAAGCUGAAUGCCUGUACUGAACUCAAGUGGACCAUGAAUGUUGAGGGACCACUACUAGACACACAACAUGCUGUCAUAUUAAUCUUGCGUAUCUACAUUGCUCUGUAUUGGUGAAGUUGGCUCUAGAUGCUGAUCUUGGGUUGUUUUUGCCACUAAUGUUUGGGGGCAGGGAAGCUGAUCCUAGAUCUGUACCUAGGGGAAACUUUACCCCAGAGCCUGUGCAUUUUCAUGAUUGAAUUAUCAUCCUUUUCAGGUUGUUGGUUUGCAGUAUGUCAAACUGAAGUAGGCAUUAAAUUAUUGAAGUGUUGUUUCUGAUUUUGGGAGCCAAAUGAAGAAAACGGGGGGAGAUUGCAGACUAAAUGUCUCUACUUGCAUAUAAACCGAAGAUCACAAUAUAAAUGUUCAAAUCAUACCUCGA